GGGAUUAAAGGUGUGCACCACCACCACCAGUGGUACAUACCAUGCCAGCCAGGGCUGCUUAGCAGGAUGCUGCUUCAAAAGGCAGAAGAGCAAUAAAACCCACCAGAUUUUAGCAGCAGCACAAGUUUGGGAGAACCAGGACUUUAUGUGAUUUACUCAUAAAGAGGUUGGCCCAAGGCUCUACUGGACUGUGGGACAGACACAGAACUUCAGAAUAAUCUGGGCAUGGUGGUGCAGCCUAGAAUCCCAACAACAGUGAGGAGGAGGACUGAGAAUCUUUGUCUCUAAACCAGAGCGGAGUACAGAGUUCAUGAACUGAAUGUGUUGGUCUAUAGAGCUUGGCUGUGGGGGAGAAAUAAAUUAUGUGCAGUGAGGCGCUUGUGUUGGUAGACAGUGCGGGGCAAGCCUUGUGAAGUGGUGUGGUAGCAGUUUUUCAUGCACUUGAUGAGAAUACAGCUAGCACCUGAGCUAAUUGCACCUUUAAGUUGGGCUUCAGGUUACUCACAGAUACAGUGUAUCUUUUUCUUUUUUAAAAAAACAAAAAACCUAGGUGCAUGCGUCUGUAAGGCUGCCCGCUCCUUUCUGUCGUGCUGAGCCCGCUGAAGAGUCGCCAUGAGCAAGGCCCACCCUCCCGAACUGAAGAAAUUUAUGGACAAGAAGUUAUCAUUGAAGUUAAAUGGUGGCAGACAUGUACAAGGAAUACUUCGGGGUUUUGAUCCCUUUAUGAAUCUUGUCAUUGAUGAGUGUGUGGAGAUGGCAACUAGUGGGCAACAGAAUAACAUCGGCAUGGUGGUCAUACGAGGAAACAGCAUCAUCAUGUUAGAAGCCUUGGAAAGAGUCUAAACAAUGGCUGUUCAGCAGAGGAGUUCACAUACUUCCCCAAAGGACUGUUUGACUUGGGUGUAGAAGUGGGUCAUGUACAUUUUCAUUAAAAAAAAAAAAAGCUUUUUGCUAAAUAAACUUUUGUAAUACUCAAAAAAAAAAAAAAA